AUGGCAACCCCGCCUACUCCCAUGAAGUACUCUCCAAAGAGACUGGUUGUGUGCUGUGAUGGCACAUGGAUGAACUCGGAGAGCGCCUACGUGAAACCCACCUUCUGGAAGCCCAAGGGCUCCCUCCAGAUCCCAUCCAACGUGACUCGGAUCUCGAGAUGUUUUCGCCGUAGGUGCAGCGACGGUCGAGUGCAAGUCAUCGAGUACGAGUCGGGCGUCGGCACGGGGAGCAACACCCUCGAUACCCUCACCGGCGGCGCCUUUGGUAUUGGCCUCGGCGAAGUAAGGAAGAGAGUCCGCAAUAUCUACAACUUUCUCUGCGCAAACUACUGCGACGGCGACGAGAUCGUCCUCGUCGGCUUCUCGCGGGGCGCCUAUAUCGUCCGCUGCGUUGCUGGAAUGAUCGCUGACCUGGGCCUCCUGACCCGUGAAGGGGUGGAGCACUUUUGGCCCAUCUUCAAAGACAUGGAGAACUGGAACAACCACCGCUACCGUGACGAGUUCCCUACCGUGCCGUUUGACAACAAACCCAAGGGCGAGGGGGCUGCGGAUGUUUACCGGUCUAGGUUGGAGAAGCUUGGCAUGACCCGUGUUCGACAAGAAGAAGGCACGGGCGACAUCAUCAAGGUCAAGGCUGUCGCUGUCUGGGAUACCGUCGGUAGCCUAGGCAUUCCCCAAAUUGCCUGGCUGAACAGGCUUGGAAUCUACGCAUCGAACCAGGAGUUCAAGUUCUGGGACACGAGCCUUUCGGACAGAGUUGAACACGCAUUUCAAGCUCUUGCCCUUGACGAAACACGCUACUCUUUCCAACCCGCCGUGUGGGAACGCCUCGAGGCCAAUAAGCUGUCGACGGAUCUUCGACAGGUUUGGUUCCCUGGUAACCACUCGAACUGCGGCGGCGGUUGGAAUGACCAGGGAAUGGCCAACAUCACGCUUGCUUGGUGCCAUGUAGGGAUGAUGGAUCAGCUGGCUUCAAUCGGCGUUGAGUUUAACCACCGCGCCCUCGAGCGCUGUGUGGAACAAUCCAACACUUUCUAUGCGGAGUUGCUGAAACCGAAGAGCACUCUGAAGUGGGCCACGGAGCCCAUCUACAGCCAGAACCACCCUCUCAGGCCAUGGGGUCUGGGCGCCAUCCAGAAGACACCGAGCCUUCUCUAUUCCUUGGCCGGAAAAAUUACUCGCUCGCCCGGUCUGUACAGGCAGGCCAACGCGCACACAGAAGCUCUGAGCGGUCCCUUCCUCAAGGACACGAACGAGCGUAUUCACUCCUCAGUACGUAUUCGUCUGGCCUGUAAAGGUCUCGGUCUCAACGACGUUGGUGUGUGGGACAAUCCAGCCUUGAAGAAGAACUGGAAGCUCGUCCGUAAAAAGGCCCAGUAUCACGACCCUGUGCCGAACCACCCUUCUUGGGAGCCUGAGGAGGACAGACAGGAGUGUAUGGAGCAUCCUGCCCAGUCCGAUGACGGCCGUUGGAUCUGGGAGUACUGCGGGCCCGAUGAGAAGGCCCCUACCAGCGCUUCAGCGAGGGUCAUGGUGGAGGAACCUUUGGGACCGUACGAGCGUCACCUGUUGAAGUUGACGGGUGGCAACCCCAACGUGUACCAACACAACCACGAGAAGGCUCGGUGA